AUGUCUUCCAAAACUCUCAUCCUCAUCACUGGUGCAAACCAAGGCCUGGGCUAUUACGCCGCCCAGCAGAUCGCCGCUAACGGCAACCACCACGUCCUGAUUGGCAGCCGCGACAUCAACAAGGCCAACAAAGCCAUUGAAACCCUCGUCGCCGACACCUCCAUCAAGGUCUCAGCUUCCGACUUUUCACCUCUGGAAAUUGACGUCAACUCCGACUCGUCCAUCAACGCAGCAGUCAAGCAAGUCGAGGAAAAGCACGGCAAACUCGACAUCCUCCUCAAUAACGCCGGCAUUGCUCAAGCCCAAGAAGCCUCCACCGAUGGCAGCGGACCCAGUCUCCGCGAGCUCUACCGCGCCCACUACGAAACCAAUGUCUUUGGCGCCGCCGUCGUCACCGAAGCUUUCCUCCCUCUUCUCCGCAAAGGCAGUGCCAAACGCCUUGCCUUUACCUCUUCUGGCCUUGCCUCCCUUGAGCUUGCUUCCAAGCCUGACACUCUCUACUCUGCAAACAACUACCCCGUCUAUCGCUCCACCAAGACUGCAUUGAAUAUGAUUAUGCUGGGAUAUGCGUUGAGUCUUGAGAAAGAGGGUUUUGUGGUUUCGGCAGCGGAUCCUGGGUAUUGUGCUACUAAUCUGAAUGGCAAUUCUGGGUUCAAGGAUCCGAGGGAUGGUGCCAAGGAGUUGGUCAAGAGUUGUUUGGGGGAGAAGAAGGAUGUGCAUGCGGUCAUGGUUUCUGAUAAUGGUGUCGUGCCUUGGUAG